AUGUUUGCUAUCCUGGGAUUCCUUGUAUUAGGCUGCAAUCUCCAUACAGUCCACACAGUAGGCAAAGGUAAUACUGAUGCCAAGAGAUGCUUCUAGGUUCUCGAGCUGUCUCUUUAGAGGGCUAUUGCAGAGGACUGCCAGAGUGAUGCAGCCCCCUCAAACAGCAAAUCUGGGGUUUGUCAUGAGGCAGCAAAUUGUUAGUUAUUUAUUAUGAUUGGGUUUUAUGAUGGGGAGAGGUGUUGAUGGGGUUUUCUGCUACAGGUGACAAAAGAGGUUUGGAGACUGUGCCCCUUGACUUAGAGGAGAGCAUCAUUUGCUGCUCUGCCUCCACAUCACAGUAACUUGGGCUGGUUCUGCGUAAGGUGCCACCAUGUCCUAAUUUACCGUCUUAGAGAUGAAGAACCACUAGAUAGGAGAGCAGGGCCUUGAAGUCCGCCAUCAACAGUUAGCCCUGGGACAGGUACUCAUGCCAAUCUUCCAUACUAUGGUGAGGUCUACUGUAUAUCCAUUUUAAAUCCUAGUAAUAAUUUUCUAAAUUUUCAGUUGCAUGCCAAUAUGUAAACAUGUGCAAACUUUGUCUAUCUCUGUCCUUUUUGCUCUAUGUUUUGGUGAUGCCUAAACUGGCUACCCUAGCUCUGUAUGCACUCUUAGCUUCUCGCCCCGCUAACUGUUUCCUAACAGGACUAGGUUUCCUAACCGCUAACUGUUUCCUAACAGGAAGGCACAAAAUUAUUCGUAUGGGCUGAGCUUUCUAGAUUUAAUCCAUGGAAAGAAAUGGGGUGGUUGAUGGGAAUUUUGCUGUUUCGGAUUGUAUUUGCCUCUCCAGUAAAGCUUCUCCCAUACAAUCCCAGACCAUUUUUCCCUUUUAUACUGAGAUAAUGAUUGGGUCACCCCAGGUCAGUGGGCCCUCAGCUAGUGUGCCUGACCUGGCUGACCUCUGGCACACUGCCAGGAAACAUAUCUCAAGUGAUAUGUUGCAGUUCAGGUGAUGUGAGGCUUAAGAGGUCUGGCCCAAUUAUAAAUGAAUAUGAUAAAACCUGAUGCUUGCUGUUGGGGAGACCAGAUACAGUGCCAGCCCAAAGUUCAAAUGGUACCUACCCACUAGGAACACUUUUAAAAAUGUUGCACCAUUCAGACACCAUUCAGCUAAUCAUUAGGACUUGUACAGCUUCUGUUUUAUUCUGCCAUGAUUUUGAUCAAUCCCAUUUGCUGGAUUUUCAUAACUGUAGUAAUGCUGCUGAACUGUCAGAAACUGGCUUGGUGAAUUGUACAUUUAGAAUCGUUUUUAGGAAAUUGUUUCACUAGUCAAAAUUUAUAUCAAAUGUUGUUGCUCCUAUCAUUAGCUGUGCUGAGGGUUCCUGGUGGCCAAGAAGUGAAAAAAAUAAGAAAACCAAUAAGAGGAAUCCAAUUGAAUAAAUAUGCACAUUUUAACUAGAAGCCAAUAUAGUUGGGAUUUCUAACACACAUUUUAUUUAUAAUACAGUUUUUCUUUUUAACAUGUUUUCAGGUGUUUUUCCUUAAAAAAUGUAAAUGUUUUCAUUGCCAAUUCCAUUCAUUUCAAUGCAUCAAUUGAUUGCAAUACUCCCCUGAUAUCCAGAUGAAGUUUUACGUAAAUAGGGGUGUCCUUAAUCUCAAGGCAGGAGGAACCCCACACUUGCAGCAGAGAUGAAUGUGGAGAACCUUUUUCCAUACUCAAGUGAACAGGGCUACAUCCUGCUACUUUUACUUGGCCAUGAUUCUUAGAUUAGCUUAUACUGACAGCCUCUCAAUUUCUUACUUUUCCUUUAAGGUCCUCCAUCUUGCAGCUUCCCUUUCAUUUUUGAUGGUAGAGCCUACUCAUCAUGCACGAAGGAUGGGGCUAUUGAUGAACAGUUGUGGUGUGGCACAACUCCUAACUAUGACAAGGAUGGCCAAUGGAAGCGCUGUUCUCUCCAAGGUGGGUAGUCCAUAAUACUGCUAGAAUUAUUAUUUUUUUCCUGAACAGUGACUCAAACUUUAUAUGAUACCUUAAUAGUGAUGGGCGAACCUUGUUCAUUUCAGUUUCUCAUUUUUCUCAGCCAUUAAGUUCAGUUCUAUACAUUUCCACAUCAGUUUGCAAAUUUUCUCUCUCAUGCAAGUUUUGCCAGUAUUUUAGCAGAAAUUUCUCCCAAUUUUGACUUUUAUUUUUGUCUGAGAAUUCCCCAAUACACAUACUUCUCAAAGCAUUUCCCAUGAAUAUGUUGUAUUUAUGGAAUUUCACAAAUAUAUGGAUAUGUAAGGUCUCUGCUGCCUGGCCUACCUCCCACCUUCUUGGUAAGCAGCAGUGACAUGUGGCACUGGGAAGUCAAGUGAGCAGUGCCACUUUUUUCCAUGCCACUGGCACUACUGUUCUUCACAUUGUGGCUUGUUCCUUCCACAUUUUCAGAGUACGGUGGCAACUCUGGAGGCAAGCCCUGCAUUUUCCCCUUCAUCUACAAGAAUCGGACAUUCUACACCUGCACUGAUGAGGAGAAAGGUGUAUUCUGGUGUGCCACCACGAGAAACUAUGACAAGGACCUUGAAUGGAGCUUCUGUGCUGACAUCAGUAAGAAAACUGAGGGACCAUGACUGCGAUUAGUAUUGGUACUCCAGAGGGAAAUGGGAGAUAAAGACUUCUGAGUCAUCAGUUACAAUAUUAAGGGAGACCUGGGGAAAGAAAAUGUUUUUUCAUGAUUAAGAGAAGACUCAGAGGGCAAGGUCAACGUCAGGCAGGGCCAGGUCCAGGUUUCUGGGGGCCCUGGGGCACAAGGUAUCAGUGAGCCCCUUGGCUUUUCUCUCUUUCCUCCUCAAACCACACCCAUCCCUCUUGACACCACCUAUCUACUAUGGUAAAAUAAAUGCCUACUGAAUUAUACAUUUAAGCUUUAGUUAUCACUGACUGCAUUUUUUGCCUUCCAUUACCAUUCAACUCCCAACUUGCAAUGUUGUUGUUUUGCCUACAGUACUUCAAACCCAUUGUUGUUAUGAUUCAAAUGUCUUACCUGGUCUUCAGUAUAAGGUCCCAGGGCAAGUUACAACAAUAUAAAAUACGAGCUUAUAAUCAGUUAGAACCAGUGCUUUUUUUUCUUUCCUUAAAAAAAAAAUGUUUAGGGCUACUCUCAUUUUCCUACUCAUAUUGAAAUACUGCCCCUCAAUGAGGCCAAACUUAGAUUCGCAAAAUGUUUAGGGGUAUGCGUCCCCCUGUGUCCCCCCAGAAAAAAGCUCUGGUUAGAACAAUAUAAAAUCAGAAGAAUAGGUGAGUUCUAAAAAAUGUGUGUGUGUGUGUGUGUGUGACGACUUGCCAAAUUGUAGUUUGGGAGAAAAAGAAUCCCUUAUAGUGCCAUGCAUUCUGGGAAAAGGAAGCAGAUAUGUGCAGAACAGUCUAUGGCAGGGUUGGUUGACCUAUGAUUCUGUUGUUGUUGUUGGACUCCAACUCCCAUCAGUCCCAGAGACCAUGACUUAAUGGUCAAGGAAAGAUGGGAGUUGUAGUCCAGCAACAUCUAGAGGGCCAUCAGUUUCCCACCCCUGCUUUAUGCUCUUGAGAAUAGGCUGAGUUGAGUGUUUUACCCAGGAAUCCAAGUUGAACACACUAUCCACUGGAGUACACUUGCAUUUAUGCUUCUUGUACCAACAUUUCCCUAAAGGGUAGGGGGAACACUGUCUUUGUCUCCCCUCCUCAGGACUAGAUGCCAAUCCCACGGGCCCAUGUGUCUUUCCUUUCACCUAUAACAAUACAUCCUACUCGGCAUGCACAACAGAUGGGAUUUCUAACAAAAAGCCCUGGUGCUCCCUUACCAACAACUAUGACAUUGACUUGAAGUGGACUUACUGUGAGCCCUCAGGUAAGAGAAACGACUACUAACCAUGAUGGCUACUCUCUUCCUCUAUGGGUGGAGGCAGUACUGCUUCUGAAUCCCACUUGCUGGAAGCCAUAGGAGGGGAAAGUGCUGUUGGACUUGGGUCUGGGUUGUGGGUUUCCCACGGGCAUCUGGUUGGCCACUGGGAAAACAGGAUGCUGAACCAGAUGGGCCGUUGGUGUGAUCCAGCAGGCUUUCCUUACAUUCUUUUGAAAGCUGUAAGCUUGGUAGGGAAGAGGCAGGAUCCCACCAGGAACACUUUUCUGUGAUCCAGCUAGAGGUGAUGACAACAGUUAGGUCAGUUUCACCACAGGACUGCUCCAAUCAUAUAGAAAGGGGAGAUUUUCAAAAGGGGUGGGCCGGAUCAGAGUUUCUGAACCUCACCACUCAAGCCUACCUCUUAGUUCCCUCAACCUCUUUCUGCAAGCUUCCCCCAUCUGCCAGCUGGGGACAAUUACAGCAUCAAAGUGCAGUGGAGGAGAGAAGCACUCAGGGAGAGAAGUUAUGGGGAGGGCUGUGUGCUCUAAACUGUGCAUCCUUUCUGUCAGUCAUCCCCCCCCACCCCUCCUUUCUAUGUGAUUGUGGGAGUCUGGUGUUGAAGCACUACUUCAUACCUAAUUUGGCCCUAGGAAGACUUCGUCUAGGCUAGGAAUUUUUGCAUGACACUGUUUUUAUGGUUGAAGACAUUGCUUUUGAUGCUCCAGGGGCACUCUAGGAGAAAGAAAAUGGCACCUGGAGAAUGCUAAAAAUAUGGAGGGGAGGAAUCUCAGCAUGAAAAAUGGUUCUUUUAACAUUCCAUCUUCGUUUCACCCCAUUUUCUUAAGGAGCUAAUUAAGAAGGUAGAACCCCAUUUAGCUGUGUUGUAGUUUAUACUGGUGUUUUUUAUUUAUCUUAACUGACCUAUAUUUUAAAUGAUUCUUAACACUGUUGUCAUUGUGAAUUUGAGAUAUAUUCAUGAAAAUUCACCAGCAUUUUGACCAAAUUUAUCUUUUGAAGCAAUUUUUUAGUAAAUAGCAUAUUUUUUUGAAAGCAAUUCCACAUAAUUUAAUGCAUGCUUGGAUGCAAUUUUCACUAAUAUAUUCGGUUUGAUAUACACAUUGGUUGGAGGACUGUAUUACAAAAUUCAGGGAAGUGCGAAUUUUGAAAGAUAGAUUUGUUUCGGUUCUCGUAUUGUUUUGAGAAGUGCAGAUUACUUAUUAAAAUGCAAGCAAAACUAAAUUUCUCUUCCACCCCUUGGUCCAAUUCAGCACAACACAGUUUCACAUGUUCCUACUCUAGGUGGUCUACAAAUCCUCACAUUUGCCUUCUUUUUAUUUUAAAAUCCAGGGCCAGCUCCAGCUUCAGAAAACCCAUUAUGUGUCUUCCCCUUCAUCUACAAGGGCAAGUCCUACAGCACAUGCACUAGUGAAGGCAUGAGUGAUGGGAAACUGUGGUGUGCAAACAGCAGUAAUUAUGACGUUGAUAAGAAAUGGGUGUACUGUACUGUCACAGGUAGGAGGAAAGCAGCAUAUAUGUUUGUGUUGGGUUUGGUGGAAGGGACCCAAAUGGGUAUGAAAGGUACACUGGUCUCCUUUUGGAGGAAGGGUAGGGCAUAUAUUCAAUAAUAAUAAUAAUAUAACUGAGUGAGAAGAGGCUCAGAAGAGUACAUCACUUCUUCAGCACACAACUACACAAAAAGUUAUUUUUACGCAUGUGUGAACUGACAGUCAGCAUUCAAGCACUGGGGCAUAUAGCUAGACAACACAGGUAUUGAAACUGGCAAAGGGUUUGACUUGCACAGUGGCUUCUCUAUGCCCUCGUAUGCAUUAAUUACAAGGUGAAUCUUUACCAUCACCCUGCAGAGCCACCAAGGAAGCAAAUGGGCAGAAAGGUUCUAAUCUGUGCCACACAGCCUGCAGCUGACUCAAAUGCCCUCGUAGUUCCCACAUCCAAGUCAGGAACAGUAUCAUGACGGCUAUCAAAUUCUGACCUGUACAUGACUUUGUUUGUAGCUUGCCUUUCACCUUGACAACCCUUUCCCUUUGACAAUGCCCACAACUCAAUGCCCCAAUCUAUAGGAAGGUUUCUAACAGCGCAUCAAAUCAUAGUUUGAUUCCGUGGCAGAAAAUUCAUGAUGCGCACAGUGCAAUCCAUGCUGGGAUACGGGACUACAAGCAUCCAUAAUGAUCUUCUCUUUUGGUCUUGUGAACUUUGCCUCCCCAUUCCUGCUCAGAUGCAGCUGCUGAGCCCAAGGACCUUUGUGCCUUUCCUUUCAUGUACAACGGCAAGCUCUAUGAGUCCUGCACAACACAUGGGAUGUCCCAGAAGAAGCCCUGGUGCUCUCUCACAGCAGACUAUAAUGCAGACCUGCAGUGGACAUACUGCCAGCCUUCAGGUACGAAGGAUGGGAGGGGCAGGAAGAAGUUUAGUGGUGAGAGAUGGGAUGCCAGGUAGAUUACACAACACAGAGCAUAAUGGAGGCAGCUUCCUGUGAAUGCUUGUAAGAAGACGGCACAUCCCACAGAAUCCUUUUUCCAAAAGUGCAAGCCAAACUGGAUGUUUAUGGCAGAGUCCCCCUGUGUUCAAACACAGAACUGCUUCAAUCCUGUAGAAAGGGCAUGCCCAAUUUCAACAAGAAAAGUGGUGGAUAGGUGAGAAAUACUGAAUUCUCCCAAUUUCUGCCAUUCACUUCCUUUUUCACAUAUGAGAUGUGAGAGGUGGGGCUCUAAUAUGGCCAUAAUAUGUGGCCAUGAAUGUAUGGAAAUCCAAACAGGCCAAUUAGAUUGAUUUUUAUUGCCCUGUCCAAGCAUUCCCAGCAAUACAAAUACUGUCACAGGCAGUUCAUAUGCCUGGGGUAACCAGUGUGUUGUGCUCACCAAAGUUAAUUUGUUUUCCACCCACCCUGCCACACCCCUGAAUACCAGGCCACUGUUUAAACAGGAUCUUGUUGGGCUUUUGGCCUGAUCCAACAGGGCUCCUCUUUAUUUUCCUUAUGUGAAAAGGGCUGCUUUUAUAUAUCUUGGAAUAUAUUCUGCUUCAGAGAGGGUUGGAAAGUUGAGGUUGAUGGUUUCUCUAGCACAAGGAUAUCUCUUAUUAACUCCAAUCCCUCCCUGACAUACUGUAUAUUUCUUUUGCAUGGUAAAAAAAUCAGGCCCUGAUAAGGUUGCGGAAAGUCCACCUUGCAUCUUCCCAUUCAUCUUUAAGAGACAGUUUUACUACAGCUGCACCACAGAUGGGCGGAGAGAUAAGAAGCCAUGGUGUGCCACCACAGGCGACUAUGAUACAGACAAGAAGCUGAAGUUAUGUCCGGAAGAGCCAGGUAAGAGAAGCUAAAGGCAGGAGGAAGAAACAAGCCAAGCAGGGGCCAUAUCUAUUUAUUUUAUUUUGUAGAUUCAUAAGUCACAUUAAAAACAACAACAUGUACGUAGGGCUCCUACAGGUAGAUCAGGUUGUGCUGCUGGCCAUAUCCCUGAGGCUGUCCCUUUUCUGGACCACCCCCUUGUCAGGGAUGGAGAAUCCCUUUCAGACAGAGUUCCUUGUUACUUUCUGGGCAACCUUCCAGUGGUGAAUGAAACCAGAAGCAAAAGUGGGUGGAGCAAUGAAUGUAAAUUUUCUUUAUUGUAAGAUAGGCUAGUUUUUUCACAUGUUCAUGUACCCUUCUCUAUCCUCCAUCCAGCCAAGUGAGAGGAAUUAACAAAGAUGAAGUACAUAUUCCAGCUUGGUAAAAAUACUCAAGGGGUGUGGCUUGGGUGAAAGAGGGUGUGACCUAGGGAAAGUUUCAAGGGUCAGACAGAGAGGUUUGGAGGACCACAUCUGGUCCACAGUCUUGCUUAUGUAUAGCUGCCCCAUACAAUUGUGUGGAGCACCCACCUGGGAACAAAAACUACAACUCUUUCUAGACAUCCAUGUGGGUGUUGAGGGGGAAGAACGAGCAGGAGGUAUGAUAUUGGGGGCAUGGCCUCACUUUUCAUUAUACCUGUAGGAGACUACAUCAUGUGGAGAAAACAUAAAUAGGUUUUUAGUAUACUAAAAAAAACCUGAACUGCAUUGAUCUGAUUCAAAAGUGAGUGACCCCGGUGUUAAAAGACAGCCAUAUAUGUGUGUCUAGUUGUUCCCCCAGCAUGUCAUAUUUAUUCAGAGGCCUCAACUUCUGACUCGUAGGGAUUGUCUAUCUAGUAAAGCAGUGUUACUUAGCAAAAAAAAAAAAAAAAAAAAAAGGAACAGGAGAAUUACUCACUUCAGUUAGCAAUAAGGGAACAAAAUAGUUUUGGGGGCCCAAAUAUGCCGCCAAAUUCAGCUUCUCGGGUGUUGUGUAUGGGCAUAUGGAUUGGCUGAUAUCAUUUCCUCUCUCUGUGGCAUCUAUUAUGAUAUGGAUUGCCCACAUAUCCCUCCAUCCACCUUAUUUCUAAUUUUAAAACCUAGGUCCAGAUCUGAAGGUAGAGAGUCCAUCUUGCACCUUCCCUUUCAUCUACAAGGGCAACUCCUACAGCACAUGUACUACAGAGGGCAUGAGUGAUGGGAAACACUGGUGCGCCACCACCAGCAACUAUGACAUGGAUGAGAAAUGGAUGUACUGCAAUGUUACAGGUAGGAAGAGGACAGCAAAAGUGUUUGGGUUGGUUUAGGGGAAGGCUGUUCCUCUUUGUUGCUUCUCAAGCAACAUUCCACGUUUUCCUGGAUGCUGCUUGUAGCUCUGGGUGUCUGUGGAUGUUAUAUCUUCUCUAUCUAUAAUCUGACACAAGCUAUUUUCUUGGGUGCUCCGCGAAUGUUUAAACUCACUUCUUUUUAUAUUAACAUCCAGGGCCAGAUUCAAAGGCAGAGAGUCCAACGUGUGUUUUCCCCUUCAUUUACAAGGGCCUAUCCUACAGCACAUGCACUUCAGAAGGCAUGAGUGAUGGGAAUCUCUGGUGUGGCACCACAAGCAACUAUGAUGUGGAUAAGAAAUGGGUGUACUGCAAUGUCACAGGUAGGAAGAGAACAGCAAAAAGUGUUUGUGUUGGUUUAGGAGAAGGGUAUUCUCCUGCAGAUGGGUGGAGUGAUGGGAGAGUCUGGUGUGCCACCACAAGCAACUAUGAAGCUGAAAGGAAAUGCCCUAGAGCAACUUUUUUCUCUGCUCAUGGAUGUAAGAGCCUUAGAUCAUCAUGGAUGACCAUCAAACAAAUCAUUGUCCUGUUCCUUUCUUAGAACAGAAGCGGGUACAUCUCAGAUUGUAUGUAUUCCACUCUGGAGUGAAAACAUGUAUGUUGUGUACUGACAGAAGAUCUCCCCUAUAAGUAACCUAAGAUGAUAACUACAUCUGCUUUGAGAGGUCCACAAAUCCUUGCCCCGAGUGCUAUUUUUCUAGAAAAAGAGGUGCUGGAACUCACCCAGAAGCCCCCCUUGUUUUCUUAUAAUGGAAAUGGCACCCUCCGGAGAGGUGCUGUAACUGAGUUCCAUUGAGUUCCAGCUGAAAAAGCCCUGCUUGCACCCAUCUUCUUUUUCCUUUCAAAUUCAGGGCCAGACUCAAAUGGAGAGGGUCCUUCCUGUGUAUUUCCAUUCAUUUAUAAUGGCAAGUCCUACAGCGCAUGUACCGCUGAUGGCAUGAGUGAUGGGAAAUGCUGGUGUGCUACCACCAGCAGCUAUGAUUUAGAUAAGAAGUGGAUGUACUGUAAUGACACAGGUAAGAGGAGAAGGACAUAUGUGAACUGCAAAUGAUACUUUAUGACAGUUCCUUCCGUUUGCAUUGAAAUGAAUGGAGUGGGAUAAUGUAAAUACAACAUAAUCUGCGUCAUUCAUUAUAUAAUUUAUGUAAAUUACACAAUUUUGCCACAGUAAACAAUAACAUAAUGUAGUUUUUGGUGGAAGAUGAACUGAAGCAGAAUGGAAACAGUGCUGCAUGCAAUGAAUAUGGGGCAGGUUGGAAAAUAAUACCUUCUUGCGUCCCUAGUGGUACUUAAGAAGCAACAUUCCACAUUUUCCUAGAUGCUGCUUGUAGCUCUUGGUGUCCGUGGAGGUUAUAUCUUCUCUAUCUGUAAUCUGACACGAGAUAUUUUCUUGGGUGCUUCACAAAUGUUUAAACCCACUUCUUUUUAUGUUAACAUCCAGGGCCAGAUCCAGAGGUAGAGAGUCCAAUGUGUGUCUUCCCUUUCAUCUACAAGGGCCAAUCCUACAGCACAUGCACUUCAGAAGGCAUGAGUGAUGGGAAACUCUGGUGUGGCACCACAAGCAACUAUGAUGUGGAUAAGAAAUGGGUGUACUGCAAUGUCACAGGUAGGAAGAGAACAGCAAAAGGCGUUUGUGUUGGUUUAGGACAGGCAUGGCCAAACUUGGCCCUCCAGCUGUUUUGAGACUACAACUCCCAUCAUCCCUAGCUAACAGCACCAGUGGUCAGGGUUGAUGGGAACUGUAGUCCCAAAACAGCUGGAGGGCCAAGUUUGGCCAUGCCUGAUCUAGGAGAAGGGUGUUUCUCUAUGUCUGAUCAUGCAAAAGCAAGGAACUGCGGAGGUUUAAGGAAGAGAGCACUCUGGAGACAAAGAAGGACAGACAUCAUAGAGGUGUAUAAAAUUAGCCUAAUACCAAUGGAUGUCCUGUAAUGUCACAGGAUGAGAACAACACAAAUAGGAAGCUUCUACAUAUAUUGAGUAAGACCAUUUGAAAUACUAGCUUAGUAUUUUCUAUAUCACUUGGCAGCAGCUCUUCAGGGUUUCAGGCAGGCAACCUUACUUGCAGUUGCUAGAGGUUCAGUCCGGAGCCAUCUGCAUGCAAAGCAGUUGGCCUACCACUGAGCUAUGAGCCUUUUUCCUUUCUGGAGUAGCCAGGUUCUGCUAUCACUGGCUAUUGGGUGGGCUAGCCCUGGCUGUGUCACAUAGUUUUGGCAAUCAUUUGCGUUCUUUUUGGUGAUAUAGUUAGGCAUUAUCAUGUGACAUUUAUGUGACGUUGUAGUUUGAUUAGUGCAAUGUGUUGCUUUCUUUUCUUUUUUGCAAUUUUAUACAAUGUUUUGCUUUAUUGUUCAUUACAUGCAUUAUAACAUUUCCAUUCACUUGGAGCUUCCAGAUUUGGAUGGAAAAGGGACAUUAUAAAUUUAUAUCUUGUGAAAUGCAAGGUGGUUCUUUUAAAUGAGAUCCAGAAGUAAUACAAAACACAAGUGAGUGAGAAGAUUAAAGAUUUUAUUCUAAACAGCAAGCAAUAUAUACAGUGGUACCUUGGUUUACGAACUUAAUCCAUUCCGAAAGUCUGUUCUUAAACCAAAGCAUUCUUAAACCAAGGCAUGCUUUCCCUACUGAGGCCUCCCACUGCCGGUGCCCUUCCACCAUUCGGCUUCUGUUCGGCUUCUGAGGCAAAGUUCACUAACCGGAACACCUACUUCCAGUUUUGCAGAGUUCGUAUCCUGAAUUGUUUGUUAACAGGGCUGUUCGGAGACCGAGGUACCACUGUACAUACCAAGCAAGCACCUCAAUGAGACACUUGGAAGCCCUCAAGAAGAGGCAAAGUGACUCCCCCAGGUAGCCUUAGUCUGCACGGCCCUGUGGCCAUCAGUCCAUGCAUGAGCUUCUUAGACUCUGCUCAACACCAUCUGAUUAAUAGAUAGCUAGCCUGUCAGCCUGUGUGGCUUGCUCGACUGGCUACAUGCAGAUUAUUCAUCAGCCACCUCUCCCAAUGCCUCAUGUUCUCCAAACAAUGUCUAACACCAAAGAAGGCGAAGGUACCCAACACUAUCACUUCCUUCCACAGAUUAGGGCAUUAAAGGCUGUUGUGUGGCAAGGCCCCCAGACUAGCCCCUUGUUAAAAUAAAUUCACAUGAACACAGAAUAUUUAGUUUAAGGUUACUGGCAAAAUUUUAGGCCACAACUUUAUUGUAUUACAGAAAUGUGAGCGGUAUUGGCAUAGACUAUAUCAGACUCCUGCCUGCUUUGCAGGUAGUCAAUAAGGGUAAACCACCCCAAUAGGAAGCCACAUCGGGGGAACCCGCCUAUAGCUUUCCUCGGUGUUCCCAGAGGCCUGGCAUGGCCCUAGCCCCUCAAGCGGACUUCAGACAGGAACCAGGCCCUGGCUUCCUUUAAUGGAAUACCCUUGGUCAAUGGAGAGGCAGGUGAUAGCUGACCUCCCCCCCCCCACAAUUCAAUGAGCCAAUGCCUAACUGCCAAACCUUACAAAGUUGUGACGAUUGCUAAAACCAACUGGCUCAUGCCAAUUUGCCAAAUGGAAAAAUUCCUACCUGGCCCCUGUCCCAAGACAGGCGACCAACCAACAUCCAAAGCAAGGCCAGAGAACACAUAAAUUACAGGGCGGGUAUGCGGGUGUUUGGCAGUGAGAACCAGGUGCAUAGCGACGUCGCGCUGCCACUUUUAAACUCCUCACAAUCCCCCUGCUCAAAAAUGAUUGGCCAAUAGGUCUGGAGUGAUUGUGAUGCCACACUGGCAUGAAAGCAUUACUCCGCCCAUGCCAGGGUGGGGGGAGGAACCGGGCUGGGGGCCUGCCCACAACCAAGAUGAUCCCACUUCUCAGCCAUCAAAGAGCUAACAAGAGAUAAGAAGGGGAAGGAACGGAGGCAGGAAAGGCAACCAUGUUAGAUCACUAACUCCUCGAUACAAUUUAUUUUCUGGAUAGAUUGCCCAUACAAUGUGAGAACUGCAUAAUAAACUGCUUCUCCUCCAUGUCUACCCAAGUCUUCUUCAACUUCCUAUCAUCCCUCACCAUUGGCUAAGCUGAUUGGUAAAAUGAGAUAGAAUUAGCAAGGCUUGGAGAACAAGCAAAUAGAAUAAUAAAGGUAUGUGCGAAAGUGUUCCAUUCUUUAAGAACAUUUCUUCCUUCUAUUUGUUCAAAAACCAGGGCCUGAUGAGAGUGUGGAAAGCCCGCCUUGUGUCUUCCCAUUCAUCUACAAGGGCAAGUUUUACCUCAGCUGCACUGCAGAUGGGCGGAGUGAUGGGAAUCUCUGGUGUGCCACCACAAGCAACUAUGAAGCUGACAAGAAAUGGAAGUUCUGCCAGGACUCAGGUAAGCUCAGAGAAAACAGAGGAAGUGGAGGUUAAUCAUUCCCAUUGGUACCAGAUGGUCAAACUGGUGUGGGCCAAGAUACUUCCUCAGUUCCUCAGGAGUUCUGAACCCAUAGGUUUCCUCUUGUUUAGUGAAAUGCUAGGAUUUCAUUAAAAUUACAGUGUUUUAAAGGAAGCAAUAGCAUGACAGCACACAAGCUGUUCAGUGGACGAUAGUCUCACUAGAUAGGGUACAUCUAACUUCAGAAUAUAAUCUUUAUCCUUGCUAGCUGGAAGAGUACCAGCUUUUCAGUCCCAAUCCUACCUGCUCUACCCUCCUUUAAUUUUUUUUAACCCAAUGUAUUUUGUCAGUGAGCAGAUUCAUUUUUAUUUUCUUUCUAUCUACAAAUAAUCCAGAGGUUACUGAAUGGAGAUAACACUUUAUGUUUCUUACAGGAACUGGGCAGUUGUCUGGGUUAGGGCAUAUCUGAAUCCCACCCUAUAAUGAGAGGAGCGUAAAGAGCUUUGGGAAUGCAGCACAGCACAUCUGAGGAUAAUAUGGUGGUGGGCAAGGAUUUAUUUAUAACAUUUCUUACCUUCCCCUUCACCAUAAGGUCGUGGGGCAGGUUGCAACAAUACAAUCAUGCAAUGAUAAAAACACAUAAAGCAAGUUUAUACAAGAAUAAUAACAAGAAAAGCAGCACAAUAUAGGUUAAUUCGGGAGGAGUUGCCAUAAGAGGUAAGGGUCAGGACCUUCAUAGUGGUAACACACUGGGGUAACACACUCACUAUGGAAUGUUUUUAAUAGGGAGUUUCACUUCACACCUACUUUAAUGUUAUUUCAGCCCCAUCUGAUUUCAUUUUUUUUAAAAAAACCCUCUCAGUGUUUUCCCACCCCCCUCCUAUGAUAGGGCCUAGAGGUACUUUUUUCUCUGCUCAUGUAUGUAAGAGCCUCAGCUCAUCAUGGAUGGCCAUCAAACAAAUCAUUGUCCUGUUCCUUGCUUAGAACAGAAGCGGGUACAUCUCAGAUUGUAUGUAUUCCACUCUGGAGUGAAAACGUGUAUGUUGUGUGCUGACAGAAAAUCUUCCCUAUAAGUAACCUAAGAUGAUAACUACUUCUGCUUUGAGAGGUCCACAAAUCCUUGCCCUGAGUGCUAUUUUUCUAGAAAAAGAGGUGCUGGAACUCACCCAGAAGCCUCCCUUGUUUUCUUAUACAGUGGUACCUCAGGUUAAGUACUUAAUUUGUUCCAGAGGUCUGUUCUUAACCUGAAACUGUUCUUAACCUGAAGCACCACUUUAGCUAAUGGGGCCUCCUGCUGCCGCCGUGCCGCUGGAGCACAAUUUCUGUUCUCAUCCUGAAGCAAAGUUCUUAACCCGAGGUACUAUUUCUGGGUUAGUGGAGUCUGUAACCUGAAGCGUAUGUAACCUGAGGCGUAUGUAACCCGAGGUACCACUGUAAUGGCAACGGUACCCACCUGAGAGGUGCUGGAACUGAGUUCCAGUGAGUUCCAGCUGAAAAAGCCCUGCUUACACCCAUCUUCUUUUUACUUCCAAAUUCAGGGCCAGACUCAAAUGGAGAGGGUCCUUCUUGUGUAUUUCCAUUCAUUUACAAUGGCAAGUCCUACAGUGCAUGUACUACUGACGGCAUGAGCAAUGGGAAAUGCUGGUGUGCUACCACCAGCAACUAUGAUUUAGAUAAGAAGUGGAUGUACUGUAAUGACACAGGUAAGAGGAGAAGGACAUAUAUAGUUUGUGUUCAUUUAGGACGGGGUGGGGAAUUCUUCCAUUCAAAGGGCAGCUGACCCUUCUAUUUCACACUUGAUAAUUUCUCCAUGGAUUUUUGAACAUUGAGAGAAAUUAUAGGAGUGGGGGGAGGCAUUCAGAACAUAUUGUACAGACACUGUUGCAGUUAUAUUGGUUGUGUAUUUCUUUUGGGAAUUUGUUUUUUUAAAUUGUGGCGUUGAUCUUUAAAGCCCCUAAAUAAUUUCAACCAGAUUAUUUGAAGGACCACCUGUGCUCAUAGGAACCUUCCCAGUUCUUAAGAUAAGCCUCAAGGAGCUUGCUCAAAGGCUCGCUGUCAAGGCCCAUUAGGCUGGCAGGCACUAGAAACAGGGGCUUAAUCAUUGAUGACCCCGUAAUUUCUUUUAACUGUUCUGAAGGAGAUACUUAUGGCCCCAUCUUUGUUAACUUUCUUCAAACCUUUUCAUUUCUAUCUGAAUUACACUAACGCCCUUAAACAGCUAUUGAACUGUUCUGUUUUGUAAUUUGUUUUGUAAUUUGUAACUGUAUUGUAUGGAUUUUAAAAAUAACUCAUAUGUGGUACUCUUGAGAUAAAUUGUUAUGUUUGUAUGUCAUCACAAUGGGCUCCAGGUCUUCCACCCUGAUCCCACUGCAUUCCUCUAAUGAGUUCCUGUCACCAGGUGCUAAAGCAGUAAUGGGAGUAAGGGAAGGACAUAAAUAUUUGGGCAGCACCUAUGGAUGUCAGAGAAUUUCAGUAAAUGUGGAAAUGGGAGUGGAAAUCACCAAUGUUCUUUUAUUCAUCCUGUGAAAAAAAUCCAGUGAAUAAAAUCAGUAUUUGCUAUUGUUUCUGUUUUGAGACUGCAAAUGAUACUUUAUGAUAGUUCCCUCCAUUUGCAUUGAAAUGAAUGGAGUGGGAUAACGUAAUGACAACAUAAUCAGCGUCAUUAAUUAUAAAACUUACGUAAAUUACACAAUUUUGCCACAUUGAACAAUAACAUAAUGUAGUUUUUGGUGGAAGAUGAACUGAAGCAGAAUGGAAACAGUGCUGCAUGCAACGAAUACAGGGCAGGUUGGAAAAUAAUACCUUCUUACAUCCCUAGUGGUACAUCAGAAGCAACAUUUCAUUUUUUCCUGGAUACUGCUUGCAGCUCUUAGUGUCUGUGGAUGUUGUAUCUUCUCUAUCUGUAAUCUGACAUGAGAUAUUUUCUUGGGUGCUCCACAAAUGUUUGAACCCGCUUCUUUUUAUGUUAACAUCCAGGGCCAGAUCCAGAGGUAGAGAGUCCAACUUGUGUCUUCCCUUUCAUCUACAAGGGCCAAUCCUACAGCACAUGCACUUCAGAAGGCAUGAGUGAUGGGAAACUCUGGUGUGCCACCACCAGCAACCAUGAUGUGGAUAAGAAAUGGGUGUACUGCAAUGUCACAGGUAGGAAGAGAACAGCAAAAAGUAUUUGUGUUGGUUUAGGAGAAGGGUGUUCCUCUUUGUCAGAUCAAGAAAAAGCAAGCAGCACUGGAGGAUUAAAGAGGAGAGUACUCUGCAGACAAAGAAGGACAGACAUCAUAGAAGUGUAUAUAAUUAGCCUAAAAGCACAACAUUCUUCUCCCCCACCCUGCACUUCCUUCUUGAAACAGGACCAGAUAUAAGCAAGGAAGCUCCCAAAUGUGCCUUUCCAUUCAUUUUUGAGGGCAAGUUGUAUAUGAAUUGCACUGCAAGUGGGCGGAAUGAUGGGAAGUUGUGGUGUUCCACCACCAGCAACUAUGAUGUCGACAAUAAAUGGAAGUUCUGCGAGGAGGACUCAGGUAAGGGCCUGAGGAAGUCUAAAGCUAGGAAAAGAAAAUAGAGACCAGCUUCCAGCAGGGAGAUUCAGAGGGGCACAGAAUGAAUGCAGAUUAGUGAUUUCCAUUUCACAUGUUCACGUAUCCUUUUCUAUCCUUUAGAUAGUCAAGUGAGAGGCAUUAUCAGAGUUCAAGUACACAUUCUAGCUUGGUAAAAAUACUCAAGGAGUAUGGCUUGGGUGAAAGAAGGUGUGACCUGGGGAAAGUUUCAAGGAUCAGACAGGAAGGUUUGAAGAACCACAUCUGGUCCACAGUCUUGCUUAUGUACAGCUGCCCCAUACAAUUUGUGUGGAGCAGCUACUUGGGAACAACAACUACAAUUCUUUCUAGACAUACAUAUUUAACAUGUGGGUGUUGAGGGGGAAGAAUGAGCAAGAGGUAUGAUAUUGGGGGCAUGGCCUCACUUUACAUUAUACCUGUAGGAAACUACACCAUGUGGAGAAAAUAUGAAGAGGGCUUUAGUUUACAAAAAAUCAAAAACACAAAAACUGAACUGCAUUGAUCUGAUACAAAAAAUGAGUGACUCCAAUUUUAAAAGACAGCCAUAUAUGUGUGUCUAGUUGUUCCCUCAGCAUGUCAUAUUUAUUCAGAGGCCUCAACUUCUGACUCGUAGGGAUUGUCUAUCUAGUAAAGCAGUGUUACUUAGCAAAAAAAAAAAAAAAAAAGGAACAGGAGAAUUACUCACUUCAGUUAGCAAUAAGGGAACAAAAUAGUUUUGGGGGCCCAAAUAUGCCGCCAAAUUCAGCUUCUCAGGUGUUGUGUAUGGGCAUAUGGAUUGGCUGAUAUCAUAUCCUCUCUCUGUGGCAUCAGUUAUGAUAUGGAUUGCCCACAUAUCUCUCCAUCUACCUUAUUUCUAAUUUUAAAACCUAGGACCAGAUCUGAAGGUAGAGAGUCCAUCUUGCACCUUCCCUUUCAUCUACAAGGGCAACUCCUACAGCACAUGUACUACAGAGGGCAUGAGUGAUGGGAAACACUGGUGCGCCACCACCAGCAACUAUGACACGGAUGAGAAAUGGAUGUACUGCAAUGUCACAGGUAGGAAGAGGACAGCAAAAGUGUUUGGGUUGGUUUAGGAGAAGGGUGUUCCUCUUUGUCUGAUCAUGCAAAAGCACGGAACUGUGGAGGAUUAUGCAGGAGAGUACUCUGCAGACAAAGGAAGACAGCAGGGCCGUCUUUAGCAUAUGUGCUGCCGGGGUGCAAAGAUCCACCCAGCGCCCCCAAAUUUAGUUUAGGGGGAGUGAACUCAAAAUUCACCUGUAACAACAAUACAGUGGAAAAAACUGCUUUUGUUUCCUGACUCAUCGGGAAUAUUUGACGCUAUGGAGUAACAGAGCAAUGGUGGAGGCGGGCGGGGACUUACACUCCAUUUCCUUUCACUGCUGCUGAUCGCAAGGGACUGGUUGGCGCCCCCCAGAAUUUGGCGCCUGGGUGCCCCGCACCCCUUGCACCCCCAGGUGAAGUUGGCCCUGGAGGACAGGCAUCAUAAACGUGUAUAUAAUUAGCUGAAAAUUAGCCUCUCCCCACCCUUCCUCCUUGAAACAGGACCAGAUAUAAGCAAGGAACCUCCCAAAUGCAUCUUUCCAUUCAUAUUUGAUGGCAAGAAUUACAGCAGCUGCACAGAAGAUGGACGGACUGAUGGGAAGCUGUGGUGUGCCACCACUGCCAACUAUGAUGCAGAUAAGAAAUCAAUGUUUUGCACCAUCACAGGUAAGAGACAGGCAGAGGAGAAAAGUGGAGAGACAUACCUUUUCUCUGAGGCUCAUUCUUUACUGCAAUUAAAAUGGAAAUUCAUGCCCCCUUUUCUCUUGGGAUGCAAUUGCUGAUGAAUCAUCAAAGUCUACAGCUUUCCAAAGGAGAGCAUCAACAUUUAUCUGUUAGCAGAUAAGCUCAUUAAUGAUACUUGAUCUGCUUAUAUCACAUCUAGAUGAGGGACAUAAUCCCAAUGUAUCUGGUGACCACACUCAUCUUUGAUCACAUUAUUUUCACAUUUAGACUAUGAGGUUUUCAUUGUUUGUGUGUGCUGGAGGUUUAAAUGUGUGAUAGGGCAAUAUAAGUGCCAACUCUACCCCAUCACCCAUUUUCUUCACCAAAGGUGCAUGUGCAAAAAUCACUUUGUGGUGACCUUACUGCAACAAAAUAUAACGAGCAAACUGGGCUGCAUACAUUUAUACAUGUGGCAAAUUGCUCACCACUAUAUCUUCCGUUUAUACAAGAAGAAUAUUCCUUGUUCUACCUUGUAUCCAUAAUUAUGAAUGGCCCUCUAAAGUAGAACAUCUGCUGCAAAUACUCCCCCCUUCUGUGUUAAGGAAGGGUUGGGAUUAGUGAGUGCUUCCUCAUUUGGCUUGCUCAGUACCUUAUUAUGACACUGUCAUUAAAAAAACCAUUUAUGUCCAUGUAAUACUGAAGAGCGACUACUCUGUAUAGGGCAGCAAAGCCUGUGAAAGUAAAAUACAUGCAUGAGAAAGAAGAAAUUUUGUGGUUGUGAAGAAAGGCAGGGUGGCAGGAAUCUAGCUAUUUCCUCCUAUGGCAGUGUUCUUCGACUUUGGGUCCCAAUAUGUUGUUAGGAGAGGGACACGGGUGGCGCUGUGGGUUAAAGCCUCAGUGCCUAGGACUUGCCGAUCAUCUGGUUGGCGGUUCGAAUCCCCGCGGCGGGGUGCGCUCCCGUCGUUCGGUCCCAGCGCUUGCCAACCUAGCAGUUCGAAAGCACCCCUGGGUGCAGGUAGAUAAAUAGGGACCGCUUACUAGCGGGAAGGUAAACGGCGUUUCCAUGUGCUGCGCUGGCUUGCCAGAUGCAGCUUGUCACGCUGGCCAUGUGACCCGGAAGUGUCUGCGGACAGCGCUGGCUCCCGGCCUAUAGAGUGAGAUGAGCGCACAACCCUAGAGUCUGGCAAAAGUAAUUUGCAGUCUGAGAUGCAGUUGUGGUCUUACUACAACUCUCUUCCCCACCCCUUCUUUUCUUUUCAGAAACAGGCUGUGUCUUCCCUUUUAUCUAUAAGGGGAAACCUUAUGAAAGCUGCACCACCCUGGAUAAACAUGAAGGAAAAGCUUGGUGUGCCACCACUCCAGACUACCAAACUGGCUUGAAAUGGAGAUUUUGCAACCGUGAGCAGAUUGGGAGGGCAAAUAAAAGGCCAAGGGUGGGGUGGGGGUUAUUUAUGUUUCUAUUUGUAGGUCAGACUAAAGACCAGGUCGAAGUGUGGGUGCAUGGAGUCUAUGAGUUGAGACCAUACAAAAUCUUUACUGCUUACUUGGCCUAGAAGUUAAGGCAUUUAUCAUGCCUUACAAUUUCCUGGUGGUUUUGGAGCACAAGAUUGUGCCUUAACUUUCAUCUGAAACACAAGGGUUUUUUAAAUCACUGAAUAAUGUUAUCAUAGGUAGAAAUUAUGGGAAAUGGUAGACUAAAAGUGUGAAACUUAAGUAGGGAUGACAAAAAUAUACUAGUGAAAAUAAAAUAACCAAUCUGUUAUCUUAAGAGAAAGAUACACUUUUCAAAAUUGUGUAUACAGUUGUACCUUGGAAGCCAAACACCUUGGCACUCAUACAUUUUGUUUCCCGAAUGCCACAAACCUGGAGGUGAGUGUUCCGGUUUGCGAACGUUCUUUGGAAGCCAAAUGUCCGGCAUGGCUUCAGAAUCAAUGGCUUGAUUUUCAAUGGCAUGCCUUGGUUUCCAAACAAGGUAGAACUGUACAGUGGUACCUCGGGUUACAUACACUUCAGGUUACAUACGCUUCAGGUUACAGACUCCGCUAACCCAGAAAUAGUGCUUCAGGUUAAGAACUUUGCUUCAGGAUGAGAACAGAAAUUGUGCUCCGGCGGUGUGGCAGCAGCAGGAGGCCCCAUUAGCUAAAGUGGUGCUUCAGGUUAAGAACAGUUUCAGGUUAAGUACGGACCUCCGGAAUGAAUUAAGUACUUAACCCGAGGUACCACUAUAUUAGGAGAAAUUUGCACUUAAACAGUGAGAGUAACCAAAAUUGAUAGACUUGCCCAUCUCUCAGGUUAACCUCUUCAAUCCACUUUUUCUUUCUUUCUUUCCAUUCAGAAUUGGACUGUGUCUUCCCUUUCAUCUUUCGUGGCAAGUCAUACGACAGCUGCACCAAAGCAGGACGCUCAGAUAAAAGGAGUUGGUGUUCCCUCACUAGCAAUGCUGACACUGACAACAGAUGGAUUCUGUGCUGA